CCACGUUGGAAUACUUGUGUGUGGGAAGAAAGAGAAACUGACUCUCCUACAGAAAACCCUCUUGCUUUGAUAUCUGUUCUUAUGGUAUUUGCGAAGUUUGGUAAACUGGAGUUGUUUAACAGGCCAAAAAUUUCGUCAUCCAAGAUAGAGGGAAGAGAAUGAUAGCGGACAGCGGUGUUCUAGCCAGCAGUCCAUGGUAUACUGACAGCUUGAUGAAGGAGGCUGGUGAUUAUUUCAGGAAUGUGUCCCAGGAUUCGUCACUCCAAGGCAUGGAUCUAGACCUUGCCACUCUAGAGUCAGAAAUAGAAAGGGUACGUCAGCAGCAUAACAGUUUGAAUGACCUGAGCCCUAUGAGCCUGGAGGUUGACUCACGGGGAGCGAGUGUGGCCAGCUCGGAAUGUAGCGACGAGCCGUACCUGGACAUAGAGAGUAACUUGGAGGAGCUUCUGUUCAGCUGCAACACCUCAGAUCAGGAGUAUCUGACCACCUCAUUACACAGUCUGCUUGAGCUCGGCGACGUGCCAAGUGGGUUGGAAUGGCCUGACUCAGGCUGGAGUCACCUGGGUAACACAGAAGAGGUGCACGAUGCAGAAGAGUCUUCCUCCUCAACCUCCUCCUCCUCAGAGGACAGGUUCUUACCCUCACACAAAUCCUAUGCCCAACAACACCGUGUGUCCAAGCAAUGGAGUAAGAUGAGCUGUGAAGAGCAGGUUGAGGUGGUGGAGGAGCUAAGCCGUGUGAUCAGCAACGAGCUGGGCUUGCGAGAACAGUUAGAGGUGAUCAAAAUGAUCAGCCCCUCAGCCGACGUCUCCCCAACAGAUAAGGAAUUUGUGAUAGAUUUAGAAUCAAUCACAGAAGAGAAAUUAAAACAAAUACAAGAGUUCAUCAAGGAGCACAUUGAGCCGUCAAAUUCAGUGGAUGUCUGCCCGGACAAUUCCCAUUCCCCGCAGAGGAAAUACCCCAAGAAACAAGCUAAAGACCGAAAAAGUCAACACAAAGCAGUUCGGCAGAGACAGCGAAAAGAAUACAGACAAAUGAUGAAAGAAAAACGUAGUGGAUUGUUCAUCAAAGAGGAAGUUUUGGCGUUGUCAGUUUGCGAGCCAAUAGAAGAAGCUGAAGUGGACAUCCUGGCAUGAUGUGAAGUCUUGUUAGUUAAUUAUACAUGUAUAUUUAUCAUCAUAAGUACUGUUUUGCGAUACCAUUGGAGUUACUAUGUGAGCUGAUGUGUGUUGAGACAUGAUUGGAUGUUGUCAUGGUAACCUGGCUACAGCCUCGAUUUCAUCUUAACUGCUCAUUCUCACACAGUACACUAUUUUUAUAUUGAUACAUUAUUAAUAAUAGUCUCCAUAAUUUAUUCCUGCUCCAUGGUAUUGUCUCUGGGAUAGUGGUACGUACAUGGUUGUCACAUACCUCAGGAACCCUUCAUGUUCUGCAUCAGUGCUUGAUGCCUUGUUUAUUUUGGGAGGGUUUGGGUUGUAGAGAAAGCCAACAAAUUGACAUUACAUUUGUAAUCAUCAGCAGGGCUCUUUUGUUUUUAGAGUUUCACUGUCAUUUGUGCUUUAAUAGAAAGUAGAAUGCCAUGCUAUUGACCAUGUUAUUCAAGAUUAUAUGAAUUGACUAUUGAAACAAAAGUUACUUCAAACAUUUCUUCUUUUUUCAU